UCUACCGAAGCUAACCUCUAGCUUUCACCAAGAGAAAGAAAAGACUGUGACCGGAGCUGAAGAGAAACUCCACGAGACAACAGAUCAACUUGAUCAGAAACGGUUUCUACAGCUCAAACUCUGAGACUAACGGAAGACUUUCUCAACGAGACUUAAGGAAAAAAUCUAUUUCUACAAGGAAGAAAAGAUGUCUGCUGGAAUGAAGAAAAUUAUUUUGCUGCCUUUCCUGUGCAUCAUGCUCUCACACAUGGCUGCAGGUCAGGAGUGCAGCAACCAGUGCUCGUGCCCCUCCACCCCCCCUCAGUGCCCCCCAGGAGUGAGCCUCGUGCUGGACGGCUGCGGCUGCUGCAGGGUGUGUGCCAAACAGAUGGGAGAGCUCUGCACUGAGAAGGACCUCUGUGACCCCCACAAAGGCCUCUACUGUGACUUCGGAGCCCCCAUCAAUAGACGCAUCGGAGUGUGCACAGCUCGAGAUGGAGCCACCUGUGUGUUCGGAGGCAUGGUGUUCAAGAGCGGAGAGUCUUUCCAGAGCAGCUGCAAGUACCAGUGUACCUGUCUGGAUGGAGCUGUGGGGUGCGUCCCACUUUGCGCAAUGGACAUCCGCCUGCCAAGCCCCGACUGCCCCAUGCCAAGACGCGUCAAGGUGCCCGGGAAGUGCUGCGAGGAAUGGGAGUGUGAUUCUCCCAACAGACACAGCUUCAUGGGCUCUGCUUUGGCCUCUUACAGAGAGGAAGAGACCUAUGGCCCCGACCUCUCCAUGAUGAGGGAGAACUGCCUGGUUCAGACUACUGAAUGGAGCGCAUGCUCUAAGACUUGCGGCCUUGGGGUCUCCACCAGGGUCACCAAUGAUAACCGUGAAUGCCGCCUGGAGAAACAGAGCCGGUUGUGUAUGGUGCGACCAUGCGAGUCACAGCUGGAGCAGAGCAUUAGGAAAGGGAAAAAGUGCAUCCGUACUCCCAGACUCUCCAAGCCCAUGAAGUUUGAGAUCUCCGGCUGCACCACCACCAAGUCCUACAGGCCAAAGUUCUGCGGCGUGUGCCUGGACGGCCGCUGCUGCACCCCCCACAGAACCACCACCCUGCCCAUGGAGUUCAAAUGCCCAGAUGGACAGUUCAUGAAGAAGCACAUGAUGUUCAUCAAGUCCUGCGCCUGCCACCACAACUGCCCAGGCGAGAACGACAUCUUUGAGUCUAUGUACUACAAGAAGAUGAUGGGAGACAUGGCAUGAGCCACUUAAAGAACGACCGCAGCUUAUGACUUGAAAAACAAAACUCCAUCUCAUUUUGCAGCUCAUUAUAUAUGUCUAUGUUUUAUUUUCUCAUUGUAAAAGUAGUCCAGACACUUGUCGAAGUGUCGGUGUGUUUUGUACGGCUGGCGCACAUCAGCCCAUAGACUCAGACAGAGGGUUGCAUAGCAGCUCCGAGAGAUUCCUGCACUAUAACUUCUAUUUUUGACAAACCUACUGUCAGGUUGCUGCCCAUUCCCCUUGAAACCCCUUUAACAGACCCGUCCUUUUUACUGUAUUUUGUAUAUCUUAUCUAAACCAUGACCUCCUCUCUAAAUGAGGUGUCUAAUAACUCCCCCCACCCUAAGAGCCCAGACCAGACCUGGAAACUCUAAGCAGCUGUAGACCACAGCAGGCCAGUGUUCCCCUGAGCAAACAGGUCUGAAUGUGUCCUGUGUGUGUGUGUGUGUGUGUGUGUGUUUUGUGUGUGUGUGUGUGUGUGUGUGUGUGUGUGUGUGUGUGUGUGUGUGUGUGUGUGUGCGCGUGUGUGUUGUGUGUUUUUGUCUGUUAGCACAGGCCUGAAUGUCGGCCUUGUCUGCGCUGUUCACCUUGCUCCAGAGUAGAGGAAAGGUCAGAGAUCCGACCAGCAUGUGGAUGAGAAAGCAAGCAGCGUGCUGAGUUUAAGGUUAGAUAAGGAACACAGUGGGCUUUGCCAUGGCACUGAGAAAAAAAGAAAAAAAAGACGACUGUUACCGAUUCAGGUCAGAAGAAGGUAACCAAGUGUCUACUUUGCACCACAAAUAGAGAAAAGACUGGAAGAAUUGUUAUUUCAUUCCUUUUUUAUUGUUGAUGUGUAAAUAAUGUUUAUAUUUGUACAGUUUAAGUUAAUUUAAAAUCAACAUUUGUUCUGUGCUUCCAAAUGUAUCAAUAGUGUAUUUUUUACAAUUUUAUUGAGAAGUGUGACAAAACUGUUACAUGUUUCACUUUGUAGCUGGAAAUAAAACGUUAUAUAUUUUUAUACAAA